UGGUCCAGCGCUGUUGCCUGUCAUGGCGCUGCCCAGUAUGCUGCCGGGCGCUAUGAGAGGUCGGCCCUGGGCAUUCCUCAGGCAUUUGCCGGGGUUAUUUUAUCGAGGAGAUGCACCAGCACUCAUAAGGCCGGCGUUUAAUCCUGCGGCUCCUGUUAAUGUCAGACAGGCAUCUGGAUUGUGCUCGGUGGUCUCCAGAUCAACGCAUCAAACGUUUCUAGCUGCAGCGACUAGACUUUCUGUUCCUGGAAAUGCAGCACCCGCUAUCGGUGGAUCCGUCCUCAGCAGAGUAAGCCCGCUGCUGCCAAGCCUUCUGAGUCAGCCCUCCCGGCCCCUCACUUACUGCAGUGUGCGCUCAGGGAAGAGGAAGUCGGUGAAAGCCGUUGUUGAUCGCUUCCUGCGCCUACAUUGUGGACUGUGGGUGCGGAAAAAGGCCGGCUACAAAAAGAAGUUGUGGAAGAAGUUAGCGGCCAGGAGGAAACGGCUCAGAGAAGAGGUUAUUUGUAACAAGACGCAGUCCAAGCUGCUCGACAAAAUGACCACCUCCUUCUGGAAGAGGCGCAAUUGGUACAUCGGUGAUCCUUACCAGAAGUACCACGACCGCACCAACCUCAAAGUGUAGGCUGGGUCCACGUGUUUGUAAACUGUAAUAAAGUUGUGUAUAAAUCGGU